UAAGUAAAAUAUGAUCACUUAUUGAAUCAUCAUUAGCUUAAUAAUUGAGCAUCUCGGUAAGCCGUGUUUAUCAACAAAUAAAUAUGUCAUGUUCAGUGUGACCUUAGCUUACUAUAUGAAUACAGACUUCUGACUUUGUGAACAAAUAUCAUCCGAAACUAUCCAUAUAUCAAUGGCUUGCAACAAAGAAUUCUGUAAAGAUUAUAUAGAGUUGAAACCAGAAGAAGCUAGUUUUUGUGAUUUUUUUCGUAUAUUCUGUUCAUGUGAAUUAGAGAAAAGGGACUUUUUUGAUGCUCCAGGCACAGACAGGAUCAAAGGUUUUCGCCGUCGUUGGAUUAUUUUUGCAUCUGUCGCUGUGCAGAAAUUUUUACUUUGUUUCAGAAAGCCAAUGAACAGUUUUGGUUCUAAAAUUGAGCUCUGGUCUAACUAUCCUUCUUGCAAUGGUGGUCUUCUCCAGCUUUUCUUCAACAUAAUUCAAGGAAAAACGGAGAAGCCAGACAUGAAAUCGAAGAAGUUCACGUCGAUAAUCGGAAAAAUUGAUUGGAGGUUAAACUUAGACAAGAACAUAAAGAUGGAGGACAACCGAUAUGUUCCAUCACUAUCAGUUAUGGCUGCUAAAUUGUCUUAUGAAAAUGAAGCCUUCAGUAAGAAAGUAAUCACAGAAAAUUGGAAGAUGGAUUUCAUAAAAUUGUACAACUUUUGGAAUGCUUACCAAGAAAAUUACUCCACACAAGCCAUUAUGUUCCAAGACAAAAUUGAAGAUUCAAAUCUAGUUGUGGUCGCAUUUAGAGGGACAAUCCCAUAUGAUGCAGAUGACUGGAUCACGGAUGUGGACCUUUCUUGGUACGAGCUUGAAGGUGUGGGUAAACUACAUGCUGGGUUCAUGAAAGCAUUGGGCUUACAAAAGAACACAGGCUGGCCCAAGGAAAUAGAUGAAAGCCCAGACCAAAAACUAUUUGCAUAUUAUGAAAUCAGAAAAGAACUGAAAAGGAUACUGAGUAAAAAUGAGAAGGCAAAGUUUAUAUUGACAGGACAUAGUUUAGGAGGCGCAUUAGCAAUUUUAUUUGCAGCCAUAUUGAGUUUACAUGAAGAGGAAUGGUUAUUGGAUAAAUUGGAAGGAGUGUACACAUUCGGACAACCUAGGAUUGGAGAUGUACAAUUUGGGAACUUUAUGAAGGACAAGUUCAAUAAGUACAAUGUCAAGUAUUAUAGGCAUGUUUAUUCCAAUGAUAUGGUUCCUAGGUUGCCAUUUGAUGACACAGCCCUAUUCUUCAAGCAUUUUGGAUCAUGUGUGUAUUACAACAGCCUCUACCAGGGCAAGGUGGUGGAGGAAGAACCAAACAAGAACUACUUCUCACUGCUAUGGUUUUUUCCAAUGGUGCUAAUUGCAGCAUAUGAGGUUAUUAGGGGGUUCAUACUCCCUUGGAGAAAAGGCAGGGAAUACAGAGAGGACUGGUUCCAGACAAUGUUUAGGAUGGUAGGUUUGGUGAUUCCAGGAUUAUCAGCUCAUACUACUAUAGAUUAUGUUAAUCUAACCCGAUUGGGAUCAGUUCUUCAUAAUCCACAAUCAGCUCAUCAAGAAGGUGCUAAAUACGAUUGAUUUUCAAGAUUCAGAGUCAUUUUAAAGUAGGAAAAAAAAUAUUCCAAGCCGUUGUUAAUCAAGUCAAACAACUUGAAUAUUUUUUAUUUUAUUAUUAUUGCUAUUUAUAUCUUAUAUAACAUUGGCUUGAGAUGAAUUUAUAUAAUGUAACAUGGUCAGUAAGCAUUCAUACCCAACUUGUUUGGGACUGAGGUCUGAGGCCUAGUAGUAAAAUCAAGUCAAUCUGACAUAUAACUUAACUCAUGUAUCAAGUCCGUAGAUGCUGCUCCUUAGAGGUUUCAGAUUUUUGAUUCAAUUAUCAUGCCAUAAGUUAAUAUCUACCUCUACUUA